GACGAUAAGCACAUCGCUAAUAAUCGUUUUCAAGAACAUUUUAACAGCAUGGAGGCCAUCGAGACUAUUGUGAUACAAAGUUCAGAAGUGGAAGGAAAUAACACAGCGGUGUCUCAUGUGGACUCCGACAAAACAAAAGCAGAAUUUAUAUGGACACUCCAGGCUACGUGGCACCUUGUAAACACUCGGCUUGAAAUGGACCCAGACUUUGACCAGCCGAUAUGCAAGAAAAAGAAACUUUGGGAGGUGGUGGCAGAGAAGGUGAACACCAGACUGAGGGAGCAGGAAGCCACGGGGAUCUCAGUGAAAGCAUACGAGUGUGACCUCAAAUGGAGAAACAUGCUGGCCACAUACAGGAAGAACGCAGAGAGGGCGAAACGGUUGGGGGCCUGCAGCGUUCACUGGGAGUUCUUCAAGGCCAUGCACGAAGUCCUGGGCAAGAGCCGGGAAGAGAUCGAAGCCCAGCGCAGGGCCAAGCUUAGUGGGACAAGGGUGGGUAAUGCCAUAGCUAACAAGAAGUUCACUCCCAUCCUCCCCACACCUCCUGCAACAGCUGCUCCGAGUCCCACCCAGCCUCCACAGGACAUCCUGCAGCUCUACAUGGAGCUUCAGGAGAGGAAGUUGAACAUGUGGGCGCAGCAGAAAGCACUGGAAGAGCGGAAGAUUGAGGCCAUCAACAACCUGGCCCAGGCCAUCUUCAGCCUGGCUCAGAAGAACAGUGCAUAGCUGUCAAGGGAUGGACAGUAGACCGUAGCAGACGUCCGCUUGGGCUGUUUGGUCACAAACGUUUUACGAUGCAGCAUGAUGAAAAUACUUCCAGUGGACAUGUUUUGACAGCUGUGUAGAGAUAAUUGUAAAAAGGCUCUGCCGUUUAUUGUGGGGGCACCCCCUUAUGGUCAGUUGGCACCCGCCCUCGACCCCGGAGGGUACAACAGUCUGUGGGUGCAUCCUACAGCUCACGUUCACAGUGCUGCUUUUCUCUCCCGAGGCUGGGUGCACGCUUUCUUCCAAGUGGCUGGUCUGCAGCCUCCUUUGGUGCAGAAUACUGGUUCUAACUUUGUGCAUGUUGUCUCUCACAGGGGCGGCGGUGCGCUGGGCUGUCUUGGUGCAUUCUGUGACUGCAGGGCCCUAUCUGCGUUUGGGUGCUGUGUAGCUUUAAUACAGUGCUUCACAUUAUCAUACAUUUAUUCUUUAUAUUUCACACUCUGCACAUUAAUUUAUGGUUUUACCAACAUGUAUACAUCCAUGUAAGCCACAUUUUGUCAACAUACAUAGAAUAAUAAGUCUGAUCGGUGCAAACAGCCUGACCAGCUCUUCUAAUAAAGCAUGGUCAUCUGUCGUUUUCUCUCUCAUCUUCGUUGUUGCUCAUGCACUUUUUCAGCAUACUAUUAUUAAUGUCACAGUUUGUUGAACCCCAAUCAGCACACCUGGCAUCCAAGCAGAUACCAGAGAUAUUUACUGAUAUCUUCUGAGCUGUUACAUGGAUUCAGAUGAAAUUUGAUGCAACUGUCACCUCUACAGUUGUCUUCAGUUUCACUUAUUUUGAUUCAAUACUGUGUGCUGCAGAAUAAUUUUUUUCCUCAUGAUGUCCGCUUGGACCUAAGAUUGAUAGAAUGGCAUCUGGUUGGACUCCGGAGCAAAAUUUUUAGCUCGCUGUCAAUGUAUUUUUAUUUUUUGACGACUUAACUGUCAGAGCAGAUUUUAUUAAGGUUAUCUGCAUCAGAGUGACUGAAGGGAGUUAGAAUUAAUAUUGAAUUUUUGUAUUGAAAAGUCAUGUUGAGAAAAUAAGUGUCACUCUUUGGAAAAUAAAUGUGGUUUUUCAGCCAAAUACAU